AUGAAACCCAUGGCUCAAAAAAAGCAACUCGGAUACUUUCAAAACAUUCAACCCUUUCAAAAGUCUGUUACAACAAUAAAGGGACAAGAACCCCCAAUGAUAAUCAAGCAACAACCAAUUCCGAGAGUACAAAAACAGAAGAAAGUGAAUGAAAGUCCAACAUUAGAAAAAGGAAACGACAUCCUGUCGCGCGUUAUUGAUUCAAAUGAAAGCACUGAAACGGAAAAAAGUGAAGGAACCUUUGCUAGCGAUAUACUCUCCGGACAUUUUGAUAUUUCAAACACCAAGAAAUCUAGACAAAUGUUAAUGGAAAAAGACAAACAGCCGGAUUCUCUUCCACCACUCAGCGAGACUAAAAGUGUUAAUGACAAGGUGUUAAUUAGAAUAGGGGAAAAUGUAUUUAUUUCAAAAUCUGAAGUAAAUGGGGAGAUGUGUGUUGAUAUAAGAGAGUACAACAACAUCUGUGGGAGACUCAACCCAACAGACAAAGGUAUUUUACUUGGCAUGAAGGAGUGGAAUACAAUCAUGAAAUCUGUCCCAUUUUUGACAAAGUGGUUGAGUGCAACGCCAUCCAUUUGA